AUGAAGACUCUCAAAGAUAAACUACUGGAUACGGAAGACUUUAAUGUAUUUUUGGUUGACUGGGCGAACGGAGCCAGAAACCUAUACGGUAAAUCGGUGCAAAACACCCGUGUAGUCGGCCGCGUAAUCGGGAGGACCAUGCAGUUCUUGAACACCGAGACCGGGGCACAAUUUGACCGUAUGCAUCUGAUUGGACACAGUCUUGGGGCACAUAUUUCUGGUUACGCAGGAGCCUUCCAGCCUGGAGUUGGACGAAUCAGUGGUCUGGACCCAGCUGGACCCAACUUUUCUCUGAACGACCCUUUAUGUCGUCUGGAUCCAACCGACGCCAUCUUUGUUGACGUCAUCCACUCCGAUGCAGAACUUGUGGGUGCCGGCAUCGUACAAGCUGUUGGGCAUGUGGAUUUCUACCCAAAUGGCGGCAAAGAGCAACCGGGAUGUCCCCCAAGUCUUAGAGAUGCCUUCAUGAAUUCCGGCAAACCAAGCUGCAGUCAUAUGCGUGUACUUGACCUUUACAUCGACAGUUUUGACGAGACGCAGUGCGCCCCCAUGGGCUACCCAUGUGCAAGCUGGGAUGCCUUCCAGAGUGGAACCUGCUCCAGCAGCUGUGGUGUGUUUAAUAGACUUUGUCCUAAAAUGGGCUACUGGGCAGAUUUGGCUCUAUCAACCGGCGUUUUCUACUUAGCAACUGGCUCAGAGUCGCCAUAUUGUAAAGUCUAG